ACUCACUCACUCACAGCUGCAGAGAGAAGCACAGAGUGGAGCCGCCAUACAGCAGCAGCACACAGCGCGAUGGUGCGCCUCAGGACCGCGUCGCGCAACUUAACUGCGUUUCAACACGCCAUCCAACUCACGGACUUGUGAGGCAAAUCAGUUCAACUGUUCAGACCUGAACUACGCAAAAUGGACAAGCAAACUACUUCCAGGACCUUAAACCAACACAUCAACGAAUGAGCUCAUGGUGAUCUCCACAGAACGGACCACGCGCCAAGCACGGUCACCUUCGCUGUUGAGGAGACUUGCGAGGGGAUCCCAAGAACAGCUCCGACGCGUCCCUGGCCAGCAGUAACGAGCGAACCGGAUCCCGCAGAUCAAUGAAGAAUGCGCGAGCGCACGCACAGUCGAUGAAGCCGGCGGCGGGAUCAUGCGUGUUCUGCCCGAGCCGAGCGCGCAGUCACUGCGGCUGGUGUUUCUCUUCGUCUUCGUUAUGGAUGUAGCGCCGUCCCCGGCUCUGACCGCCGGCUGCCCGGACCGCUGCGUGUGCGACGACCAGCUGGUGGUCCAGUGCGCCGGGCAACAGUUAAGCGACUUCCCCGUGGAUCUCCCGCUGGCCACCCGACAGCUGAUCAUCUCCAAUAACCGGAUCGGCGACCUGCCGGCGCUGCAGCUCAACUACCUGUCGGACCUGGUGUACCUGGACUGCAGCAACAACUCGUUGACGGAGAUCUCCGAGUCUACUUUUGGCAACCUGCGCAAGCUCGCCUACCUGGAUCUGUCUUUCAACAGCCUGACGCAGAUCGAGGACCGGACGUUUGGCCCGCUGGCCAGCCUGGUGAUGCUGAGGAUGACGGAUAACCCGGGGCUGUCGGAGAUCCACCCGGACGCGUUCGCGGAGAACGCGGCGCUGCAGGUGCUGGACGUGAGCCGCAACAACCUGACGGCGCUCAACAUUAGCUCUCUGAUCGCGCUGCCGGCGCUGCGCUCGCUGGGGCUCAGCGGGAACCCCUGGAGGUGCGACUGCGACACGGAGGACCUGUGCCUCUGGAUCCAGAUAGAGGGCUUCAAGUUCCAAGAUGAGGGGCAGACGGUGUGCCAGGGGCCGCCGGACAUGCUGGGUCAGCGCCUGGCGGAGGUGGGCAUGCAGCUGCGAUCGGAAUGCCACCAGGGACUGGGUUACUGGGACUACCUGUUCUUCAUCGCCAUCGGUUUCGUCAUCUUCAGUGCCGGGACGGUGUCGGCGUGGGUGAUGGGCGUGCUCAUGGUUCUGUACGAGCGCUACAGCAAGAGGAAGAGCGAGGAGCUCGACAGCGAGGAUGAGGAGGAGACAGUCACCCGAGGGGCAGGAAGUGGAGGAGGGGGUAACCAUGGCAAUGGGGACCUGAGCAAACCAGGCAUGCAGGUGUGACCAGAGGACAAAGGGAUGCUGAGAAAUCUUUGAUGAACAGACAGGGAGCUGCGGACAGAGCAAAGGAGUUUUUCUUUUCUAUAAAGAGGUUUAAAGUGCACUUUUUUAGAAUGUGUCAACAGUAGUGUUAGAUUAAGAUAAGAGCAGGGCAGGACAGGACAGACUGAUUAGAUUUAUUUAUAUUCUUACAGGUGGCCACAGAGAACUUGUCUGUUUCUGACAGAUCUGAUGGUUGGUCUUGAUUAAAAGCAUAGAAAUAAUGCUCACACACACACACACCAUGCUCUCUGUUAGUAGUGUAAUUGGGGCAGGGUGACAACACUGUGUUUCACUCUUAAGAGAGAGACAGCAAGCGGGAAGGAAUAGGGGAAAAGACAGAGAGGUAGAGAGGCUUGAAGACUUAUCCAGUAACCUAUCUCAGCUUGUAUUUACUUGCUUGGUCAAAGAAAGGCAUAAAAAUGGAGGAUAUACAAGGCAGUCUCUCCAGAUUCAUGCAGUGUGAAAUGAACGAAUAGAAGAUGGAAGACACUUCUAAACUGUCUGCACAACUCCAUGCAAGGCUGAAAAAGCUUUUUAAGGUGGCCACAGACUGACUGACUGCACAAAUGAUGGAUUGAUAAAAAAAAAAAAAAAAAAAAAUUCCAGGCCUUUACAAUAAGGAUUUUUUCUGCUUGCCCUGUCUGGUUAGUAGUUUUCGCCCUGACUAAUAUAAUAUAAAUAUUGAUGAAUAAUAAUUAUAUGGGCAAAUUAUAAGAAAUAUUAUAAUGUACAUUUUAAAUUUGUAAAAAGAUAAAUUUUUAUCAUCAAAAUAAAAAAUUGGGUUGGGUCAGUAUUUGUUUUUAAAAAUGAAUAAAUAUAUUCAGCAAGGAUGCAUUAAAUUUAUUAAAAUAAAAAUAAAUGUUUUAUGAUUUCCACAAGAAUAUUAAUUAGCAAAACGGUUUUCAACACUGAAAAUAAUACUACUAAUAUUAACAUUGUUUAAAAUUAAUGUUUCUUGAGCACCAAAUCAGCAUAUUAAAAAAGAUUUCUAAAGAAUCAUGUGACAAUGAAGACUGGAUUAAUGGCUGCUGAAAAUUCAGCUUUGUCAUCACAGGAAUAAAUAGCAUUUUAGAACAUAGUAAAUACGAAAACAAUUUUGCAAGGCAUAAAACCACACAUAGAUGAUUAAUGAAUGCACUGGCUCAACAGGGCAAGUGAACUGGAAAAAAACAUUGUCACUGGCCCUGGGCCAUUGGACCAUCCUUAUUGUUGAGCCCUGUAUUGGAAGGGACAUUAUUGAUCUCAGUAAGCCUGUAUGCACUGCACCGAAAAGCCUUACACACAAGAUGUAACCAGUCCAGCAAUAACACCUCCAGGUGAUACUGAGAGCAAUAGAGGGAAAAAUGUGAGUGUUAGUGCGUGUGUGUGUGUGUGUGUGAGUGCGUGUGGCUCAUUGCAGUAAAGGUGGGGGAGAAUAAAAUAUGUCAGCAUUCUAUAAUUUUGGCAGGUCUUUUUUUUUUUUAAUCAAAUGUGAUUCCUCCUGUGGCUACCACAUCAUGCCACUCAAGGGCAGAGCUAAAGUGACCCCUCUAUCUUCACACUGCACCAUCAGCACUGGAAGGAAUUGCGCCCGUUGAGAGUGUUGUUUUAGUUUGUGUUUUCUGGUUGUUUAACACAAUUCCAUUAAGAAAUGAUGAUAAUGGGACAUUCAAAAAUUAGUUUUAGCACAGAACCUUAUCGUCUAGUUUGUGGAGGAUUCAGCAGACUAAUAUAAUCUGGCAUACUUUGCUCUGCAGCAUUAUUACUGCAAUCCAGAACCUUAAUUGUCUCUUUAAAAUGUUGACAGUGUUCUCUAUUGCACAGCAUGUCUGGAUCUACAGAUACUCUCCAUUAUUUGAUCAUCACUGGAUGAAUUACUGCUGCCAUUAUCAUUAGAAAAUGUACAUAAACGUCUUGUUUGAACCAAAUUGGUUUCUGUCAGCUGCAAUAGUGCAAAGUUAAUUUUUCCAGGCAAAUGACAACAUCUUUUGUGACUUCUUUAUGGUUGAGCACUAUUCCAACACAGUUAGCACCUGGUGAGAUGCUGGAGUGUUGGUGAUUAGGGAAAAGGAGCUGUUUUACUCCUGAAUUACAACAUACAAAAUGUGACAAAACUCUUUUGGCAAAUUCGCCCAUCCGGUUUAACAUGUUUUGUCCCUAAAUUCAACUUUAGAAAGAGAAGUGUAGAGAAGUCACGUCCUCUCAUUUCUAGAGUUUUUAGACGAGAGGGAAAGCUGAUUUGGGGGUUAUUGGAUGAUUGAGGGUUGCUAAAUCCAUCUGUAACGAGUUAAAGAGUUUAAGGGAAUAAUGCUUAUGGCUUGGGCUGCUCUCAAAAUCUCAGCUGCUGCUUUUAAAAAUCUAUAUAUUCUUUUGCUAAUAUUCUUUUGAAUUCUUGUUCUCCAUUUCCCUUAGAGCCGCAGUGGGUAAUUCCCGCACAACAAGUUGCACCCAAUGGAAUUAUGACCUUUUCCGAACAGGCUUCCCAGACACUCCCAUCUACAGAGCCACUAAAGCAAAAUGGUGAUUGUAAAAGGAAUUAUAUUUCAGUGUGAAAAAACACAAAAGCUCAAUUGAGAUAGCAUCUUUCCUUCCAGCUCAUAUUGUUUUUUAUCACCAUGUCCCCUUUAGGGGUCCCAAUCCUAUCUGCCAUUAGUCAGUCAAAAAGACAGUCCCAUCUUAAAACAUGCACAUGUGAAACCCCUCUCUCCCGGGUCAUAACCGCCACUCCUCAUUCUUGAUCCGAGUAGAUCUCUGUGAUGAAAGGGGGCGGGACCGAGAGCUGUGGGAAUGGAGUAAGACUGGUAGACUAUAUGCUAAAUCUCGUCAUCUGCACCACUCACCGGUCUCUAGUCCCACUGUCGUCACUCCUUUUAUUCUUCCGGAGUGCCGUGGAACUCAAGACCAAGUGGCACAGGUUUUACGCAUUAGCAUUUACUCCACCGGCCUAGCUCCGUUCCCACAGCUCUCAGCCCCACCCCUCUCAUCACAGUCUCGAACUUGGGUCUACGGCAUGGGCGGCGGACCCACUAAGAAGGAGGCUACUAGCCUCUAGCACUGAAGACUUUAGCCACUAGCAUCCGUCGCUAGUGCAUCUCUUGAGGUCAGGGAAUGCCUCUGUUACACAUACACAUGCUCAUUAAACCCUGUUGAAAAUUUAAUUUGAAAUAAGAAGUCUAGAAAAAUCAAAAUCCAACAAGCUGGUCUUUUCAUCUCCGAAGUCUCAACUUCAGGUCACAACCCUGGAAUGAAUGUUUGUGUGUGUGUGCGUGUGUGUGUGUUGGCACGCCCAUCUCACCUACAUUUCAGCCUCUCAUUCAUUGUCUCUCUCAUUCUGUCGUCUCUCACUUGUUAGAAGGUGGGCCAUUUCAGAUUACAGGUUACAGUGGUAUGUCACCAUGUCACCAUUGUUUUGAAAGUGUUAAGACUAAUAGUACCAUGUCUUCAGGGGGAACAAGAUUUUGUUUGUACAGUUGAGUCAGGAAAGACCUAAAGACAAUUCCUCAAAAACAAAUGAAAGAAAAAUACUGCUAAAAAUGUUGUGAUACAUAGACUUGAGGUUGCAUGAAUCAUGCUGAUGUCAGCAUCAAUAUGAGGAUGGACCGUAGAGGUACUAAACUUUCUAGCAUCAAAAGCAACAACUGAAGUGUGUGUGCCGCUUUCACCUCCCGUGAAUUUUGAGAGUGAUCAUGCAUGACUAUGUCAUUGCCCUUUAGAAGAAGAGAGAAAUUGGGGAGGAGUUGUAUUAUUAUUUUAUCCCUCUAUGAAUAUUAAUGUGUAAUAUAACAGGUGAGCCCUAAUGUACGGAGCCCCGCACAUGAUAUGCAAGAAAAAAAAUAAAAUUGUUUACUAAUUCGUUUCCCUCACUGUACUAAAACAUGUACACAAUUACUAUUGUGUUCCCUAUUAUUCCCUAGUACUAUUGCGGGAAAGAAUGAGUAAAUCAUGCGCACAAUUUAUAAAUCGAGUGAACGAACAAAUAAGUAAAGUUUUUUCCUGCAUGUCAUGUGCGGGGCUCCCUACUAUUGUAAUCCGAAAGUCAAGUUAAGUGUUAGAGCUGGAGUUUAUCUGAGUCUCCAGGCACUAACAGUGGCACAACACUGCAGUCUGCUCAGCUCCAAAACCGCAAGCACAAUCAGCAAUGCAGAAGGGAUGGCUUGUGUCAGGAAAAUCUGUAGAGACACACACAUACACUCAACAGAACGCUAAUGAACUAGCAACACAACUCCGGCUAUAUCUUUGUGAAUGCACAAACAAAUCUUCAGCUGCUAGCAGUGAGUAUUAAUAAUAGAGGUUGAAGUAUAUGUAAUAUGCACCAAAGCAUUUUCAUACAGAUAGAUGCAGCUAGAAUCCACAGUGGUCAUCAGCAUUAUCAUUUUAAGCAUUUAUUUUCAUUGGUCAUGAUAAUUGGUGGAUGUAGCUAAUGCUUUGUGGAAAGUUUCAAGGUUUCACGUCUACAUUUAGGUCUGUAAGGAUAUGUGUGUAGAGUAAGCUAGCAGUGUGCUAAUCUGAUUUGAGUCACUGAGUGGUUGGCUUGCAAAAAAAUAAGAAAUCUAUAUCUUUGGUUAUAUUCUAUAAUGCCCUUUCAUAAAAACGUGCAAACAAUUAUACCUUUAGUGAUACAAAAACUUGUCACUGGGACAUUAUCCUUCGAGGAACAACUUUGUACCUUAUCUAACUUUAAAAGGUGCAAAUUUGGACCUUAAGCCAGAGACACACUGCACGAUUGUAGCAAUUCUGAUUGUAGCAAGUCACUGCAUGUCACACUGUGCGACAUGGAUCUAAUAAACUUGGCUACAACAUGUGUGUAGACUCUACACAUUACUAUAGAAUAAUAAAAUGUUAUCAGCAUGCCCUAGUGGUAAACAAAAAAAAAAACAUGAUAAUGCUAUAAGUUAAGCAGUUGUAGUUUUUUUUUUUUUGUGCUGACAAAAAGUGGAACCGGUGAAAGAGAAAGGCAUAAGAGCUUGAGUUAAGCAGUUUUAUGUUUUAGCACCAUGUAGUGUUUACAUCAUGUCGCAUUUUUAUAGUUUGGUCAGUAAACGUUGAUCGUACCAGCAAACACACUGUGCAUUGAUAAUGCUGUAUUGUAGGCUAUCUUUGGACAGAAGACCAUGACAACUGCCAUCUUUGAACCUCUCUCACUGUACGACACAGAACCACAGAUUAGGAGCCAUGAUCACAGAAAUCGAAACGUUUGUUUCAUGAUAUGAAUCUUUUGUCUGGGACAGCUGAAAAAUGUGCCGUGUGUCUCAGGCUUUAGAGUAGUAAUACACAGUUUUGGGGAAAGUUACUUUUAAAAGUAAAGCAUUACAAUAUUGCGUUACUCCCUAAAGAAGUAACUAAUUAAGUAAUGUUUUACGUUACUUUUGCGUUAAUUUCAUGUUAAUUUUUAAAUAUGAGCAUGGUUUGAUUGUUUUUAAUAUAAGAAGUUCUAUUUAUAGCAAAUGUAAAAGCCUUUUCACACCAAAAAAUUUUAUGAAUAAGCCUCAGGCUGAAGGAAAAGUAAAUUCAAAUCUGUACAGUAGAACACAAAAGAAGAAGGUUCAACACUCUUAAGAAAUAAUAAUAAUAAAAAAAUUAAGCACAAUUGUUAGUUUAUCUAAAGUCAUUUUUGCUGGUUGAACUGGAUCAUCAAAGUUCAGCUUCAAAGACAUUGGUUAAUAAAAUGGGAUUAGGUUUGUUCAUAUUCUGAGUUUGCAUUGCACUUUUUUUUAUUAAUUUUGAUGAAUACUAAAUCAUUAUUUUUUUUUUUUGCUAGUGGGAUGAAUUGAUGCACAUUCACAUUAAGUCUAGAACUACAGUAACAUUACGUUCACACAGCGCCUCUGUACUUCCGAUUUCUCCCAAUACGGGGACAGGAGACUUAAAUACUGUAUAUAGGAAAACAAAGUAACUGACAUUACUUUUUGAAAAGUACUUUUUGACAAAAGUAAUCUGAUUAUGUAACUUGUGUUACUUGUAAUGCGUUACCCCCAACACUGGUAAAACGUAUGGACCCUUAAGGUACUACUCACCUCCUUUGAGGUUACUGUCCUGGUGACAAGCUGUUGUACCACUAAAGGUACAAUUUUUGCACAUUUUCAGAUUGUGUACUGGAUGUAACGAUAGUUUCUACAAAAUAAACCAAGCAAUUUCAUAUGAUUUCUAACCAGGUUAUGAAUUGAGUACUCUUGAAAAGUUAUUUAGCCAAUUAAAUCCUCUUUGGUUUCAGGUGAACAUUAUUCCACUUGUCUAAUAAAUUGUUCAUGAUACCAUCAUUUCCAAAUUUUCUGCUUGGUACAUAAAGUCAGUGUUCUUGAAAACAAAGUGAGUGUUGUGAUUUUGUUUCAUUAUACAUCACUUUGCUAGCAGAAUACUAUAAUUGUAGAGCUGACAUUUGAAGGAGGAAACUCCCAUGACCAAUAAUGGAACACCAUUACCUAUUUAACUCCCUAGAUAGACAAUUAGCAAUUUAGACCUCGUACACCCUCUACCUUUAUGGGUACAACAGCUUGUCCCUCAACAACUUUGACAACAUUGUAGCUUAUUUACCCAUAAAAAGGUUCAUAAUAAUAUGCCUUUUAGGUAGGUAAGAGUUAGGUACAAGGUUGUCACUGAGACAGUACCCUUAAAGGGACAAGCUGUUGUGCACCUAAAGGUACAACUUUUAUAAAUUUUUUAUGUCAAUGUAGAUGCAUUCUUUUUAGGAUUUAAAACACAGUUUUUCUCUUACAUUCUUGUUGUGCCAAUAACCAAAAUGAAAGUGUGGGUGAAAGCUCAUUAGAGUUUCAAAUUAGAUUUGCGUGCAGAGAGUAGCUGAUUUUAGAAAUGUUUGGUUCAGCCUUUAGUAAAAAGUCUAGAAAAUAAUAUUGAUCUAUAUAGUUAAACUAUACCUGAUAGUUAUUUGUUAAACAUUUGGUUUGGAUUGGAGCUUGGGGACCAGAGGCAGUGUGGCUAAAUGCAUGUGUUGCUGUAGUUUCAGCAGCACAGGACUGAAUUUGGGCUCUGUGAGACUUUAGAUUUGCUGGAUCGAUUUGCUGUCUGUGGAGGUGUGUCUGUCACGAUCUAUCCAUCAUUCAUGGAGCUCUGCAGAAUUUUCUCAACUAAGAGUCGCUAACACCCUUGUUUUCUCCUCUUCUCUCUUCCUUGUCUUGUUACAUCUCAUUACUUCUCUUCGUUGUUUUGGCUCGUAUCCUCUCUACCUUCUGUCUUUUUUCUUCUUGUCUCCUUUCAUCUGUUCUGUUCCCAUCAUUUGUCUUGUUGUCUUGUCUCAUCUGGUCUUUUCCUUGUCUUCUCUUCUUGUCUCUUUUUUCCUCGUCUUAUCUUCAUUUCUCUUCUCCUUACUUGUCUUGUUUUGUCUCAUCUUCUAUACUCUCCUCUCUUGUCCUCUCUUCUUUGUCUCAUCACACCUCUUCUCUUCUCUUCUCUUCUCUUCUCUUCUCUUCUCUUCUCUUCUCUUCUCUUCUCUUCUCUUCUCUUCUCUUCUCUUGAUUGUAGUGCCUUGUCUCAUCUCAUCUUGUGUCCUGUUCUGUCUACCUGUCUUGUCUCUUCUCUACCGUGUCUUGUCUCUUGUCUUCUCCUAGUCUUGUUUCAUCUCUUCUUCUGUCCUCUCCUCAUCCUUCUCCUUGUCUCAUAUUCUCUCCUCAUUUUGUCCUAUCUCUGUUUCUUUCUUGUUCUCCUGGUCUCAUUCUGUCUGUUCUUAUCAUUUGUUUUGUCUCAUUUCUUGUCUUUUCCUGUUGUCCCACCAUGUUGUGUCUCCUUUACUUGUCUCAUUUUUCAUUUCUUCUCUUCUCUCCUCGUCUCAUCUUCUCUUCUUGCCAUUUGUCUUGUCUCACUAGUCUUGCCUUUUGUCUUUUCUCAUCUCCCAACAUGUCUGGCCUCUUCUUGUCUCUCGUCUCAUUUUGUCUCUUAUCUUGUCAUAUGUCUUGUUUCAUUCUUGAAUCCCGUGUCCUCUCCUUCUUGUUGUCUCUCAUCUCAUUUUGUCUCAUCUCUAGCCGUACCAUCUAGUCUCUUUUUGUCUCUUCUGCAGUUGGCUGCUCAGUAAUAGCUCUGUUCUGACUCUGCCCUCCUCUUUCGUAUCUCUCUAGUGCUGGUUUAGUGAGGGUGGUGCCAUAAAGGCUGCUGUAAGCCGUCUUCCUCUGUCUUAAGGAAGAGGAGGACUAAAUCAGAGUGGAUGACAGGAUUCCACUGGGAACCAAAGCUUAGAGACUUUCCUCUGCCUUGACUCGCAAUGCUUUCAUCCACUUCAAGCGUCAUGUUGAUUUUCCCAUUAGCAGUUGGGUGCGUGUAGACAGUUUGAUAUUUUCCCUCUAUUAUGUAUAUAUAUUUAACUCUAGAAUGUAUGUAUACUUUUUCAUGAUUAUGUUUAAUUUAAACACAACCUUGCUCUUGCUAUGUCUGCUGUCAUUCUUUCCUCUUUAGCACUAUAUGUUUUCAUUAUGACCUUGUAUAUGGUGCAUCAUCAAAUAGCAUCAGGACAUAAUUUGAGGAACAUUCUUAACAUUCUGAAACAACAUCUCCCACAUUAGCCCCACACAUAUGGUCACUGAUCAUUUGUAUGGGGUGUGUGUCAGUUCACUGGGAAAUUUAGUGGAGUCAGAUCACCUCCCUUACCAAACACUUGCUCAGUGUGUGUGAGAGGUCUUCCAUUCUGAUAACCCCUCUUGAGCUCUUGGCAUCCUGUAACACAGCAGAGGCUCGACUGCAGUGUGACAACAGCUCAGAGCAGGAAGAGAACGCUGAUGCUCACAAACACACUCUACAGAGCUGGAUCAGCCCUUUAUCAUCUCUGGCAGACUGAAAACUUUUAUUUAUUAGUUAUUCUCUUCUUCACACCCUCUUUGUGUCUUUGUGCUAUUGGUGCACAUUCAGAAUCAGUGUUUCAGAAGUUACUUAUCAAGCUACAGACUAGUCAUAAUUUACAAUGGCUAAAUUAUAGACACACUUCCUUCAAAUAAAUAUCUUUUUAAGGAUGUAAUUAACAUAGUUAUCAUUUGAUAUCAUAAGGUUUAUUAGAUUUGCAAUCCUAUCAUAAUAACCUUGCAGUCAUAAUCAUAAAUAACUUACUUGGCACUCUAUUUUUAUUUAUUUGAAUCGAACUCAAAUAAAUUGCAGAUUUCUUAAUUUUUUUUUUAAAAACAUACCAUGCUAAUGAAACAUUGGUUAAAAUUAAUCAGACAUCCCAAUAAUGCAAUUUUUUUUUUUCAACAGGUAGUGCAUGCAAAACCAUUUAUAUGUUUUGAAAACAGCCGAAAAAUCACACUACUGCACAAUAUAGUAGCAUCACCACUUUAAGUUAGUUCCCCGCAACACUGCUCAUAAUACUGCAUUCAGGAGGGUUAAAGUUGAGGACAUCUCUCAGACAUGAUCAAAGCAUCUGAUGUAAUCAGUCAAUAUCACGGUCACACACACACAUAGUCUGCCUUCCAGGAGCAAUAAACAGGUGACUUUGAGGCCUCGGAAGAUGUCAAAGUUGUUUUACGACAAGAGAGAAAGUGGAGUCUCUUUUCAUUGGCAGUUGUUUUCCAAGAGCAGAACAUGAAAUAUUCACGAGCAUUUAAUCUCUGCUUACUGACAUUCACAUAUGAGCAACCCGUUCUUUAAAUGCAAAUGCUUGCGUGUACAUUGACAAUUCCACAUUCAGUAGGGAUUUAAUGUGAAUAUUUCAGACAGCUGCCUGCUCGUUGUGUAAGGGGUGACACACAGAAUCACACGGGCCCAAGGGGGCCCCUGACCUAUUUACAGCCCCUACCCCACUGGUCACACACCAAACACACACACACACACUGAGUCUGUCACAUUUCUACACACACACACAAAUUACACAAAUUCAACCUUCAUAGAGAUUUGUAAAUGAGGGAUAAUGUGUGAGAAUGGCUGGAAAACUAAACUGAGAUCACCACAUUAGUAGUAGCCCACAAUUAUUGAAAGCAGAAAAUGGUUAGUAGUUUAGUAGAAGAUGUUUAGUAGAACAUUUAAGUUAAAAUGGCCAAGUUUAAAUGUUUGUCUAAAAUGGCAAAUAAUCUCAAGGUAGCCAAAUAUAAUUCAGAUAGUUGUCCUGUUCAACAUGUUGGUCAUGUAUCAGGUGUUCCCUCUGUUGUUAUGCUUUUGGCACUUUCAAAUGGCACUUUGACUUUCAUGUCCAAAAAGUGCAAAAACUUAAAUAUACAAUAGAAACCAGGCUCAAUUAGUUCACAGGAAGAAAAAAAAUCUGUCAUCUAUCAUAUAUAUACCUUAGUGACAAUGAAAUCCCCAUGCCACUGCACUCUUUAAUGGUUCUUGAAUGCACCUCAAUGUCCAUCCUUGCAGUAAAGCAAAAGCUGAAUGUAAAGUCACCAUUUUAUGAACAUGGUCUUUCAUGCUUUGGCCUUUUUCUUCUCUGUCGUAAUGGGAUUGGGCUUUGUACUGGACUGGUGAAGUGGGAAAGUACACAUGCUUCACACACUUUGGUGUUUAGGAAAUCAAGUCAAGAAACUCCUCGCCGUAUGAAGAUUUAGGGCUCUGUCAGCUCUGCAAGAAGCUCGGUCUAAUUAAUAAAACUAGUGUAACUUAUAUUAAGUAACAUAUAUCUUUUACUAAAACAGGAAAAGAAUAGAAUAUGUUUCUGGAAUUUUUUUUUGUUGUUGAUUUGUUUUGCUGUUUUAUUUUCUUACUCUGGUGUGAAACAUGACCUGUAUUAGCACAAAUGAAGAGGACGCAGGCAGACAAGAUCAAUAGUUGAUCCCUUUUGCUUUGGUGCAGAGGCACUUAGACUGAACAAGUGAGCCACAUGAGAGUGUGUGUAAGCAUGCGUGUGGCCGGACAUGUGUGUGUGUGUGGCUCACAUGUCCAUGCCUGUCAACUUUGUAUUUAUAACAUUAAAGGUCAUUUGAGUGAAAAAAUAA